AUGCAUCCAAGCGCUCUUCUAGGCCUUUUGGCCUUCACCGCAGUGGCUACGGCCCUGCCCAGCAAGCGAAGUGCAUCCGCAUCUUCUAUCCAGAACCUCAAAGACAAGAUCAAAAAUGUGGUUGUUCUAGUCUUGGAAAACCGCUCCUUUGACAACUUGCUUGGCGGCCAGAAACUUCUCGGCCUCAACAAUCCUAUCCAGAGUGUGAUCCCCAUCUGCAAUCCGUACAACACGAGCAAUCUGUUUGAAGGAGUUGUGUGCAGUGAAGCAAAGGACUAUGACUCUGUAGCCGAUGACCCAGACCAUGCCGUGUAUGGUAACAACUUUGAAUUUUAUAGCACUUUUACGCCAGAUAACGACUGGAUUGCAUCCGGCUUGUAUCUUCCUACUUUGCAAGGCUUUGUGCAGGAGCAAAUCCGUCAAUAUGGCUCUGAUGCUAACAGGACGGAGCUGGCUACGCAAGUGAUGAACUAUUACACCGAAGAUCAGGUUCCUACCUUGACUGCCUUGGUUCAGAACUUUGUUACGUUCAAUUACUGGCACUCCGGUCUCCCUGGUCCUACUGACCCCAACCGUAUCUUCUUGACUUCGGGAACCUCUCACGGCCAUGGCACCAACCUGGGCACUGACUUUGAUUACUUGCUGCCUCAGACUUCGAUCUGGCAAGCAUUGACCGAAACCAACCGCACCUGGAUUAACUACUGGGAUCCCGCUGGCGGCACCGGUCCCGAUGCUAACUACUACACCUGGACCCAAUCCUCCGGAAACACUGACAAGGUCGUGGACUUGGAUAACUUCUACACUGACGCCGCAGCCGGCAACCUGCCCGACUUCAGCUACCUGAACCCGUCAUGCUGCGGUGUAGGCACUACCUCAAUGCACCCCAGCGGUCUAGUUUCCGACGGCGAAGAGCUGAUUCGAAGUGUCUACGACGCUCUUCGCACAAGCCCGCAGUGGGAAGAGACUCUCUUCAUUCUCACAUUUGACGAGAGUGGUGGCUUUCAUGACCACGUCCCGCCUCCCCUCGCGCCUCGUCCGGAUAAUCUUACAUACACCCAGACCACACCCAACGGCGAAAACUAUACCCUCCCAUUCAACCGUCUAGGUGGACGUAUUCCCACGUUCCUGAUUUCUCCCUGGGUUGGCAAAGCCAGCGUUGAGCAGUUCGGUACAAACUCCGAUGGCGAAGUUGUUUCUUAUUCGGCUACCUCGAUCCUGCGUACGUUGGGAUACUUGUGGGAUUUUGAGCCUUUUAAUCCAAGAGUGGAGUGGUCGCCUUCGUUUGAUCAUUUGAUUCAGUCCAAAAUACGCACCGAUACGCCUACUGCCCUGCCUAACGUGCAGCAGAGCCAGGCUAUCAGCUCACUUCGCAAAACGCUGUCUAGUGGGCAACCUCAGAUGAGGCUUGCUCUAGUGGCGAGCUUGCUCUUUUCGUGCUUUGAGAGUUUCCAAGGAUAUUGGGAGACGGCGUCACAGCAGAUAUAUAGCGGGCUUAACAUUCUGAAGCAUCUGAGCGAAGAUGAGAGACGGCAGGCACACAAUGACCUGGCUGAUAUUGAUUUCGAAGUGGGUUUGAUCUUGCGCCGUCUUAAGUUGCAGAUAUUAUCGUUCCUGGCAAUGAAUCCGAUGUGUGAGCAUCCCUUUGAUAAGCUAAUUAUUGAGGAAAACAUCCCGGAUAUGCCAGAUCAGUUUAUGACCUUCAGCGAAGCUUUCGCGGCAGCAACUAGCUUGGCUGUGUCCGUUCUUCGACAUUCGAGGAUAUCUGCCCACCGCGGAGAUGACUCGGGGCGAAGGGAAUCGAUUGCACAACGACAACAGUACCUCCAAGGAUUAGUAGAUCAAUGGAACAAGGCGUACGAACCCAUAUUUCUAGAAGUAUGCCAGAAUGUUGUCAAUCAAGAGUACCUUGGAGCCCUCCAACUUCGGAUCUGUGUUUGGAAAUGCGAAAUAAUGAUCGCGGCAAGCCUGUCUGACACAGACAUUGUCUUUGAUAGUUUCACAAAUCAAUUUCAGAGGAUUACUCAUUUUGCCCGCCAUGUACUUCAGAAGGACCAGGAAAUUCGGGAAUCAGAUGGUCCCAGACUACAGUACGGCAUGGGAUUGAUAAUGGCUCUAUUCUAUACGGCUACCAGAUGCCGGGAUUUCUCCGUGCGCAGGGAAGCCAUCGCUAUACUCCGGGAAUGGCCUUGCACGAAUGGGAUUUGGCACAGUCUGCAGGCAGCAAAGGUCGCAGAGUGGAUCGCAGACAUAGAGGAGGAGUGCUGUGUUGGCAUGAGAUUUAUUCCUGGAGAUUGUCGUGUAAAAAUGCAGAGUUUGAAAGUGACCUUCCACAAUGGUUUGAUUGCUGUGGACUCUCAAAUGGCGUCCAGAAAUAUCAAUUUCCAUCCUGAUGGCUACCACCCCGCCUCCCUCACUAAAACAGCCUUCGACAUCAUCAUAAUUGGCGGCGGUCCCGUUACCAGUUUUGCCGAAUAUCGUCUCUCCAAAGCCGGUCUCAGCGUUGCUGUAAUCGAAAAUGAGCUUUACGGCGGCGAGUGCCACUUCUUUGGAUGCAUACCGUCCAAAGCCCUUCUUCGUCCUGUCGAAGCUUUCGAAGCGGCGAAAGCAAUUGACGGAGCUCGGGAGGCGAUUGGCGAUAGAAAGCUUGACGUUACUUCCGUAUUUGCAAGAAGAGACAGAUUUGUAGAUUUGUGGGAUGACAAAGCGUGGAUUUCCAUUUCGAAUGGUGCGAGUGGAGCGACGCUGGUACGAGGCUUUGGGCGUAUUGCUGGCGUGAAAAAGGUCAGCGUUCAACCACACGGUGAGACGCAGAAGUAUUAUCUUGAUGCGAACGUUGCGAUCAUUAUUGCGACAGGGUCCACGCAUAAUGUGCCUGCGAUUCCGGGCCUCGAAAGUCUCGAAGAAGGAACGGAGCUCUGGUCCAAUCGCGACGCAACCGCGGCAAAUUCAGCUCCUGAGCAUUUGAUAAUUCUUGGUGCCGGGCCCAUGGGAUCUGAAAUGGCAACUUUCUAUUCCGCCAUUGGCUCCAAAGUAACCCUGAUUUCGUCUACUGCGGAGAUCCUGCCGACAGUCGAGGAAGCGGCUGCGAAGAUUGUGCGGAAGAGCUUGGAGGCGAGUGGUGUCUCCAUAAGGCUCUCCUCACGUGUAUCCAAGAUUGAGAAACAGGCCCCAAAUUCGAUAACCGUUGUGUUAUCUAGUGGAGAAAGGAUCUCCGGUUCUGUACUUCUGAACGCAACAGGACGAAAGCCAAGGACCUUCGAUCUGGGCCUCGAUAGUAUUGGCCUAACUGGAGAAGGCCAGCCGUUGAAAACGGAUGCAAGACUCGCUGUUCCUACAUCCCAAGAUACCGAGCCUUGGCUUUUCGCCGUUGGAGACGUGAAUGGGCUUGGCCCUACCACUCACAUGGGCUUUUAUCAGGCGCGUAUCGCCAGCAAUGUCAUUUUGUCCUCCAUUCGUGAUAAGCAACCAUCUGUAAAGAUCGACCCGCCCAUCGGUGUUACCGUCACAGAAGCCAAGGCCUCUCAGAGCACAUUUGCCCAAGUCAUUUUCACAGAGCCUAACAUCGGUGCCGUUGGUCACACCUUUGCUUCAGCUCAGUCCGCUGGCCUGAAAGUCAGGGCUGUCGACAGCGAUUUUUCUAUCGCGGGGGCGUGGUUGUAUGGAGAUGGGCAGCCUGGAUGGGCUAGAUGGGUUAUCGAAGAGGGAACUGAAAGGCUGGUUGGUGCAACGUUCUGUUGUGUUGAGGGUUCAGAAUUUGUAAAUGCCAGUCAGGUCGCUAUCUUGCAAGGCUUGACCUUAAAGGAGAUGGUACAUGUAGUACCCCCAUUUCCAACUCGGGGUGAGAUCUGGACUCACUUGUUGAAUGCUGCUGGGUUUUAG